CGCUAGGGUUAGUUUCUCAUCUCGGUGCAAGCAGAUCUAUCCCGCUCCUCGGUGGACAAGAUCGUCACCCCAAGAAACAUGGGAAGCAUCAUAUUUGCAAACUGAAUUAAGGGUUUGUGAAGCAGUCUACCAGCUCCCAGCUGUACAGGCAUCCCGCACCAUUUCCUGGUUGGUAGGAUGGGCUCGUGAUACUUUCUAUGUCAUCAGAAAUAAUGUGAAAUUUGGAAAUAGGAUUUCCAGUGUUAAUAAGUAAUAUCUGGAAAUGGAAUUGCUGAACCACACAGUAUAAGUAAAUGUCAAAACCAUUUUCCAACCACCGGUAAAUAAGAGUCCCAGGCACGUUACAGCCUCACCACAACUUGGUAACUUCUGCCUUUUUCAUUUUAUUCACUCAGGUGGGUGUCAUUGUGGUUUUCGUUUGUAUUUCCUUGAUGACUGACAAAGUUGAGCACAUAGAUCCAGCACGAGUUCCUGGUUGGUGUGCAGAUCACAGGACCAAACUAAGAGUGUAGACUCAGGCCCCAUUCCCAAGAAAGGACCAACCAGAGGCCAUGAAUCCUCAGGGAUUUUUCAUCUUGGCUCCUCACAGAAACACAGCAAAGAUAGGGAACUUGCCAGCUCUCCCCACCGUCUGCAAGAAGCUAUCCAGUUUGUUGUUUCCUAUGUUUAAUUUCUAGUUCACCUUUUGCGUGAGGAUAGAGGCUCCAGCACCCCCACACAUGUGCUAUGAAACAAAGGCAUGUUAAAAACAGAUGUCAAUCUCCGUGAAAACAAAGCCUUCUAUAUUAACGUAUGCACCAAUCUCCCAAGUUUUGUGAAGGAAAACAAAAUGACGAUGACACUCUGCCGAUGCUGAGGGAUGGCCUGGUCGGUCGCUGGGGUUCUUCAUCAGCGUCCUGUGAUAAUAAGAACAUGGACUUCUGCUCGUUAAAAUUUACUGACCAUUGUGGUUAAUCACCAGGAGGCUGGAUUCUGGCCUCCAACUAUUGAUAUCUUUGUGAAAAUUGAUCUAUAUCCACCUUUUAAAAGCACCAAUAUUGAAUCAGAACUUUUGAAAGCAAAGAAAAAUGGACACAUAUUCGUAAAAAAGAAGGAGAUGCGGAAAGUGAACUGGAAGGAGGCAAGACUUACCUUGCUGUGUACCUUCUAGGAACAAAUGCAUUUGCCACCUUAAUACGAGAAAAUGAACAGCACGUGUAUUGAAGAGCAGCACGACCUCGAUCACUAUCUGUUUCCGAUUGUUUACAUCUUUGUGGUCAUAGUCAGCAUCCCAGCCAACAUCGGAUCUCUGUGUGUGUCUUUUCUACAAGCAAAGAAGGAGAAUGAGCUAGGAAUUUACCUCUUCAGUUUAUCGCUCUCAGAUCUGCUCUACACAUUAACUCUCCCUCUAUGGAUUAAUUACACUUGGAAUAAUGACAACUGGACCUUCUCUCCUGCCGUGUGCAAGGGGAGCGCUUUCUUCAUGUACAUGAACUUCUACAGCAGCACGGCCUUCCUCACCUGCAUCGCCGUUGAUCGGUACUUAGCAGUGGUCUACCCUUUGAGGUUUUCCUUUCUAAGGACAAGAAGAUUUGCCUUCAUGGUCAGCCUAUCCAUCUGGGUAUUGGAAACCUUGUUCAAUGGUAUCAUUCUGUGGGAAGAUGAAACCACUAUAGAAUAUUGUGAUGCCAAAAAGUCGAAUUUUACUUUGUGCUAUGACAAGUACCCCCUGGAGAAAUGGCAAAUCUGCUUCAACUUCUUUAGGACGUGUACAGGCUAUGCAAUACCCUUGGUCAUUAUCAUGAUUUGCAACCAGAAGGUCUACCAAGCCGUGCAGCAUAACCAAGCCACUGAAAACAAUGAAAAGAAGAGAAUCAUAAAACUUCUUGUUAGCAUAACACUGACUUUUGUCUUGUGUUUCACUCCCUUUCACGUGAUGCUGCUGAUUCGCAGCAUCUUAGAGCGCGAUGGGAACUUCGGUAAACUUACCUUUAACCACAAGUCUGGGAAGCAGACUUACAAAAUAUACAGAAUCACGGUUGCAUUAACAAGUUUAAACUGUGUUGCAGAUCCCAUUCUGUACUGUUUUGUCACUGAAACGGGAAGAUCUGAUAUGUGGAGUAUAUUAAAAUUCUGUACUGGUAAGCUUAAUAACCCAAAAGUACAAAGAAAAAGCAUACUUUCUAUGUCUACAAGAGACACCAUGGAAUUAGAAAUCCUGGAAUAGAAGCAAAGACUUUUUUUUAAGGUACACAGUAUCAUAACAUCAAGGUUACAUUCUGAAGAGGAAAUUAAGCAUAGGAGGGGACAAAGUGUUCCAAUUGAAUAUUUUAAUUCUAUUCAAUGGAAAUCUUUUGGAAGUGUACUGUAUGGCUCCCUUUUAUUAAAUUGAAUAUUGAAUAAAAUUCAAAGUAUUAAAAAAUUCAAUAGUA